AUGGAGCUGCCAAUUACCAGGGUGUCCUUCUCAGUGGGUGCGUCACUGAGAGCUGCUAAUUGUGAUGAUUGCCCUCCUGGAUGGAGUUGGUACGAAAAUCGCUGUUUCCAUUUUGUGAAGGAUGAAAAGAGCUGGGCUGACGCUGAGAGUCACUGUCUCUCGCUGGGUGGACAUCUGGCCUCUUUCCACAGCAAAAACGAGUACAAGUUCCUCAUAGAUCUCAUCUACACCGCAGGACGGCACAAGAACUGUUGGUUUGGAGCUCAUGAUGCAGUGAAGGAUGGCAUCUGGAUGUGGAGUGACGGUUCUAAGUUUGUCUCUGCUCCCUGGGCUAAAAACGAACCAAACAACUUUGGUGGAGAUGAAGGGUGCAUGGACAUCAAGAACGGUGAUGUAAAUGAUCAAAGCUGCACCGAUAAGCUUCCCUUCAUCUGUGCCACAGUCCAAUAACUGGUCUUCUUCUGAUUUCCUGCUUGUAAUGUUAAUUUCAACUAUAUGUGAAGCCUUGAUUACACCACUGCUGGAAAACUACAUGAAAAAUUUGUUGACCUUUAAGUUGAUCACUUCAAUAAACAAUUAUCUUUUUCUGCAAUCUGAUUGUUCAAUUUAAACGCACAAUGGGUAAUCUUCAGGGAUAUCUAAUGGUCAAACAACAGCGACAUGAAUG